AUGUGUGGGGAGUGUGGGUACAGGGCGACUUACAAGUCUAAAUUAUCCCAACACAUGAGAACUCAUACAGGAGAAAAACCCUACAAGUGUGACCAGUGUGACUAUUCUGCAGCACAGAAAUCUAAUUUAGACCAACAUCUAGCAAAACACACCGGUGAGAAACCCUACAUGUGUGGGGAGUGUGGGUACAGGGCGGCUUGCAAAUCUCACUUAUCCCGACACAUGAGAACCCAUACAGGAGAAAAACCCUACAAGUGUGACCAGUGUGACUAUUCUGCUGCACAGAAAUCUGCUUUGGACAAACACUUAGCAAAACACACCUGUGAGAAACCCUACAUGUGUGGGGAGUGUGGGUACAGGACAGCUUCGAGGUCCAACUUAACACGACACAUGAGAACCCAUACUGGAGAAAAACCCUACAAGUGUGACCAGUGUGACUAUUCUGCAGCUCAGAAAUCAGACUUGGACGAUCAUAUGAGAACCCAUACAGGAGAAAAACCCUACAAGUGUGACCAGUGUGACUAUUCUGCUGCACAGAAAUCCAUGUUGGACACACAUCUAGCAAAACAUACCGGUGAGAAACCCUUUAUGUGUGGGGAGUGUGGGUACAGGACAGCUGACAGGUCUCACUUAUCCCAGCAUAUGAGAACCCAUAAAGGAGAAAAACCCUACAAGUGUGACCAGUGUGACUAUUCUGCAGCACAGAAAUCUGAUUUGUACCGACAUCAAGCAAAACACUCAAUCAGCUUCAAUAAUCCUGGUGAGAAACCCUACAUGUGUGGGGAGUGUGGGUACAGGACAGCUAGAAAGUCUGACUUAACAUAUGACAACCCAUACAGGAGAAAAACCCUGCAAGUGUGACCAGUGUGACUAUUCUGCUGCACAGAAAUCCAGUUUGGAGAAACACAAUGUUGCACAUGACUACCAAUGUGAAAGUGUGGAUACAGGGCAGCUCAAAAGUCCAAC